AUGGGAGACGCAUGCCAGUUCAGAAAAGUUGUCCUCUCAAGGACAAGGUCAGAAGACGACUUGGCAAUCGUCACACGGGUGCUGAAUGCCUCCAAAGGCUCGGAUUACUUUGCAUACGAGCGCGAAAACAAGUGGCAUCUCGGCAUUGGCAGUCGAGCUUCGCUUUUCGUCGACGCCACAGGGACUUCAGUGACGACAAUUACAAAUGAAUCCAUUUCCAACCCCGUUAUAGAGAGCAUUGCUACCAUCGCAAGGGAUUUCGUUGCCAGAUAUUCGUCGAAUGCAAGCCGAGUAUUUGGUCAGGUGGGCUUCAACUACGCCGCAUUCACACGCGGAUUGGCCUUUACGCCGGGAAAUUGGCCGCUCCUUAGUCUCAUGGUUCCCAGCGUGGAAGUCACUGUUUCGACCGACUGUGUCACCAUCUCUGGAGACGAUGCUGAGCGAAUCGAAAACGUGGUGAAGCUCAUUGCGGGGGGACCGGGUACGCCGCAGGCACAGAGGCAGAUCGAGGUUGAUCUCGACUCUGCUAGAGACGAGUACAUUGACCGUGUUGGGCAGGGAAUCUCCGAGAUCAAGGCCGGCAAGUACAAAAAGGUCAUUCUGUCCCGCGCCAUCGAUCUCGGCGAGGAGGUCGACAUGGUUGGAACCCUCCUCAAGGGCCGGCGGCGCAACACCCCCAAGCGCAGCUUCUCGGUCAACCACGGCGGGUUCCAAGCCACUGGGUUCAGCCCCGAGCUCGUCAUGGCACUGCAAAACGGCAAAGUCGUCACCGAGCCGCUGGCCGGCACCCGGGCGCACGCGGGCUCCGCCGCUGAACUCAAGGAGCUUAAGAGGGACCUCGAGAGCGACGCCAAGGAAAUUGUCGAGCAUGUCCUCUCCGUCAAGGAAGCGGUAGAGGAAGUCGGCCGCUUCAGCACCGGGGGUUCGACCGUGGUGGAAGACUUUAUGACGACACGUGUGCGCGGGAAUGUGCAACACCUGGGCUCACGGGUCGCGGGACGUUUGGAACAGGGCAAAGACGGCUGGGACGCGUUCAAUGUGCUCUUCCCGUCCAUCACGGCUUCGGGCAUUCCCAAGCAGGACUCUCUUGACGCCAUUGAGCGGCUGGAAACCCGGCCCAGGGAGCUGUACUCGGGGGCCGUCUUGAUGAUUGAGGAAACGGGCUUAUUUGAGGCGAGCUUGGUCUUGCGGACGGUGUUUCAGAGUGGCGAUCGGCGAUGGGUGCAGGCCGGCGCGGGUGUGAUUGACAUGUCGACGCCGGAAAGGGAACUUUUGGAGACGUGCGAGAAACUCUCGACGAUCGCGCCGUUUGUGGUUGCGGCCGAGACUGCAACACCCGAGGGUCAUUGCAAUGGAAAAGAGUGA